AUGAAAUUCAUUGUUAUAACAUUAUUUAUUGCAAUAGCAUUUGCUAUGUGUGAACAUAGAGAUAUUAUUGGAAAAGAUUUAAUUACACCAAAACUUGCACAAUGUUUAGCAGGAAAACAUGCAUUAGCUGCACUUGUAGCAUUUACAAAUGAUGGAAAAUUUAAUUUCAAUAGUUUAAAGAAUGGAGCAUAUCUUAGAGGAGCAGGUUUUAGAAGUGAUGAUAUAGAAUUUAUAUUCAGACCAUGUGUUACAUGUGGUAAUAUUGGAGGACAACUUCAAACAUAUAAAGUAAGAACAGAAGAUUUACCACAUCAUGGAGUUAUUCUUGAAAUUAGAGAAGGUCAAUGGAGUUCUGAUAAAACUCUUAAUCAACAAACAUUUAAUGAAUUAAUGGGUGCUACUAUUAAUUUAGGUGAACCAAUUAUGAUUUUAACUGGUAAAGAAGAAUGGUCUAAUAUCUUUGGAGCUGAUUAUACUCAUCCUCUUGCUGUUCAUUAUCCUUUAAUUUAUAUUGGAAAUGAACAAGAAACUUUCGAUGAUUUUGUUCCUUUCGCUGGUUGGACUAAACCAACUGAAAAAGCUAAAAACGUUCCUGUUGCUGUUUGUGAUGCUAGCAUUAAACAAACACUUCGUAGAUGCGAUUAUUAAUUAAAUUUCUUUUAAA